GCGGGUGUGUUGUUGUGCGUGUUACAGUGAGUGAGACGCACACAAAGCCCACGGGCUCGUGUUCGUAGCGGGUUCUCUGUGGAGUGUGUUCCCGGCCCAGAGGCUCACUUGGCGGCGGAGUGGUUUGCACACCAGCACCAGGAAGUGCUCUCAGGAAGUAGUUUGAGUGACAGCUGUGCGGCGGUGACAGCCCACACCGGGACGACGGCGGCCCCACAGAGCCGAGCCAGGACUCAAGAUGGCAGGUCUAUCUUUAUACCUUGAAGAUGGCCAUUGUGGUUUGGAUGACUUCGGAUUUGAUGACUUUGAUGACUAUGGUUCGGAGUGUGACGGAAUCCGCAUUACAGCCUUCCUCGAUGCUGGACAAGACAACCUAACCCCUCUCGGGAGGCUAGAGAAGUAUGCCUUCAGUGAGAAUGUUUUCAAUAGGCAGAUCGUGGCUCGCGGCCUGCUUGAUGUGCUUCGGGAGUUCAGUGACAAUGAAAAUGACUUUAUCAGUGUCAUGGAGACAGUUGCCAGAAUGUCAGAAGAUGGAGAGCCCACAGUGCGAGCUGAGCUGAUGGAGCAGGUUCCAAACAUUGCCAUGUUUUUACACGAGAGUCGGCCCAACUUCCCAGCCGCUUUCUCAAGAUACUUGGUACCAAUUGUAGUCCGGUAUCUCACUGAUCCAAAUAACCAGGUGCGGAAGACGAGCCAGGCAGCCCUGCUCGUUCUACUGGAGCAGGGCCUCAUCUCUAAAGCUGACAUGGAGACCAAAGUAUGUCCAGUUCUGAUCGACCUCACAGAACCCAGCAGCGACGAUGACUACAAAAUAGAGGCUGUUGCUAUCAUGUGUAAAGUUGUCACCAUGUUGAGCAAAGACACAGUGGAGCAUCUGCUACUGCCACGUUUCUGUGACCUGUGCAGUGAUGCCAGACUCUUCCAAGUCCGCAAGGUCUGUGCGGCAAAUUUUGGCGAGUUCUGUUCUAUUGUGGGCCAGGAAGCCACAGAAAAACUACUGAUGCCCAAGUUCUUCGAUCUGUGCUCAGACAGUCUGUGGGGGAUCAGGAAAGCCUGUGCCGAGUGCUUCAUGAUGGUCUCAAAUUCCACCUCUCCAGAGGUGCGACGGUCAAAACUGUCCCCCCUGUUCAUCAGUCUCAUCAGUGACCAGUCCCGCUGGGUGCGCCAAGCAGCCUUUCAGUCAUUGGGACGUUUCAUCUCCACCUUUGCCAACCCCUCCAGCACAGGCCUUUACUUCAGAGAGGACGGUGCCCUGCUAGAGCUACCCAGGUGUACAUUGGAAGGCGACUGCUCCCUCAACUCCCUGAACUGCUCCGACAUCAGCGGCUGCCGCACAGAAAGAACCAUCGCUCACACACUUCCCAACCAGGACGGCCGCGCAACUCCGUCCCCAGAACACGUGUCGACAGCCGACAAUGAGGAUAUGCAAAGCUUUGAUGACAACCACAGUUCAGUUCCCGGAGCGAGGCCAGACCGCUACACCCACACUGUCUCGAACCGCAACGGCAGCCCUAUGACAACAAACAAUGCUAGGAACACAAGAGAGAUGGACAAGACAGACGAGAACUUUAAUUCUUUCAACUACUGGAGGUCUCCUUUACCAGACAUCAGCGGGGAACUGGAGAUGCUGAGUUGUCGCAAGUCAGGGGCCGUGACACCGAAUGAGGAAAAGAAAGAGAGGGAUGAGGAUGAACCUGGGGAUAAUUGUCCUGAUUCCAAGUCCAAUCAUGGCAACGCCACUAGCGACCAGAUCCAAAAGGUUUUAGACUGUUUGCAACCACACAUGGAUGACCCUGAUGUACAAGCUCAAGUACAGGUUUUGUCGGCAGCUUUGAAGGCCGCCCAGCUGGACAGUCCAGAAGACGACUGUCCAGCAGACGACUGUCCAGCAGACGACUGUCCAGCAGACGACUGUCCAGCAGACGACUGUCCAGCAGACGACAGUCCAGCAGACGACAGUCCAGCAGACGACAGCCCGACUGAACCGCAGUCAGAGGUGCAGCCUGAGAGCGGCACAGAGAGCCCGUCUGAGGAGAGCCCGUCUGAGGAGAGCAUAUCUGUGGAGGUUCAGUCAGACAGUGUGGAGAGCCACACAGAAGAGAUGCAGACGAUGGAAACUCUUCCAGCUUCAGAGUCGAGCCCCGUCCAGGCGCAAGGUGACGAAGAGACGCAGACGGAGCCUCAGGAGGAGGAGGAGGAGGAGGAGGACCAGGAGGAGGACCAGGAGGAAGACCAGGAAGAGGACCAGGAGGAAGACCAGGAAGAGGACCAGGAAGAGGACCAGGAAGAGGACCAGGAAGAGGACCAGGAGGAGGAUCAGGACGACUCUUCACCUAACUCACCUAUUCCAGAGUCUGAACUGAUAGAGAGUGUGGAAGAGGAGGGAAAGGAAGACCUGGCUCACAGCCCAGGGAUGGAGGACAAGCCUAAGCUCCAGAAUGUUAUCCCGCAGCAGCUGCUGGAUCAGUACCUCUCUAUGACGGACCCGGCCCGGGCCCAGACGGUGGAUACGGAAAUAGCCAAACACUGUGCCUUCAGCCUGCCGGGGGUCGCUCUCACUCUGGGACGACAGAACUGGCAUUGCCUCAAGGACACGUAUGAAACCCUGGCUACUGAUGUGCAGUGGAAGGUGCGGCGUACGCUGGCGUUCUCCAUCCAUGAGCUGGCAGUUAUCCUGGGAGACCAGCUGACGGCAGCCGAUCUGGUUCCCAUCUUCAACGGUUUCCUCAAAGACCUGGACGAGGUCCGCAUUGGCGUGCUCAAACAUCUGUAUGACUUCCUCAAGCUGCUGCACGCAGAUAAGAGGAGAGAAUAUCUGUACCAGCUGCAGGAGUUCAUGGUGACGGACAACAGCCGCAACUGGAGGUUCCGCUACGAGCUGGCAGAGCAGCUGAUCAUGAUCAUAGAGUUGUACAGCCACUACGAUGUGUAUGACUACCUCAGACAGAUAGCACUCACACUCUGCUCUGACAAAGUCUCGGAGGUCAGGUGGAUCUCAUACAAACUGGUUGUAGAGAUCCUCCAGAAGCUGUAUGCAAGUGGUGCCGAUGAUCUGGGCAUGAACUUCAUCAACGAGCUCACUGUCAGGUUCUGCCACUGUCCCAAGUGGGUCGGGAGGCAGGCCUUUGCCUUCAUCUGCCAGGCUAUAGUGGAGGAGGACUGUAUGCCCAUGGAGCAGUUCAGCCAGCACCUCCUGCCCAGCCUCCUCAGCCUCUCAUCAGACCCAGUUGCUAACGUCCGUGUACUUGUGGCCAAGGCUCUACGACAGAGCGUCAUGGAGAAAGCUUAUUUCAAGGAGCCGGGCUGUGCCUACUCUGAUGAGCUGGAAGAGACAGUGAUGGCGCUGCAGUCUGACAAGGACCGGGACGUCCGCUUCUCCUCCAGCCUGGACCCCAACAAAGGCUUGAUGGACACAGCCCCUUUGAUUUAACCUCAGCCCUCCCCCCCCGACUCCUGUUACAGCCCACCUGCCUGUCUACCUACCUGUCUGUCUGACUGACGCACAGUCAGCGCGACCUGCAACACCAGCACCCGA